AUGUCAAAGGGGGACAACCCGUUCUACAACAUCACGAGAUUCCAUUUCGGCGAUGAGUUGUCGGACUACAUGCCCCACCCGCCCAUCCACCUGCUGGCCAUCUGCACCAUCCUGUACGUGGUCAUCUUCCUGUUGGGGCUCAUCGGGAACGUGGCGGUCAUCCUGGUUGUCCUUCAAUGUCAUCUGGUGACGCUCCUGGAGAACGUGGUGGGUAACGCCAGCGUCGUCACCAUCCUGGCCAUCAGCGUGGAGCGCCACCGUGUGGCCUACCGCUCCACCACCACCACCGCCAGUAUAUGCACUGUGUUCAAAUCCUUCCUUGCCAUCUGGCUAACCUCGUUCGCUGGAGCCUUACCAUUUUUGUUCAUCACCGAGUUUAAAAACGCAGAGUACAUUGACGGUACUCGUGUGUCACGCUGCGUGACAGAGAUUAACCAAACGUGGCAGAAAGUCUACGCUGUCUUUGGAAACUGGUUCUUCUUCAUCAUGCCUUUAUUUAUUAUUCUAUUUUUAUACACCAAGGUGUACAUGAAACUGAUGCUGCUGUUUAAGAGAGAACACGAGAAAUCCCUCAACUACCCGCGGGAGAUCGUUCGACUCAAGCGACAGAUGACCCAGAUCAUCAUCACCGUCGUUCUCGUCUUUUUUAUAUGUCACACACCUUACAGGUCAGCUAUGUCACACGCCUUACAGGUGAGCUAG